AUUUGCCAGUUUUUUCUAAAAUAAAACGGCAUCGCUCUCCCUCUUGACGUUAUAAAUUUCUGUGAUUUGUACGGCUUUCUUGCGACCUCUCCGCUUUUUACUCUACUUCGGUGUCAUUACUCAUUAUUCUACCAGAUCUCGAAGAGAACCCUAAAGUUUCUCAAUUUAUUCCGCAGAGUAAAGGUUCGGUUUUUUCAAUGGGUUCUUCAUCGGGGCAGCCCGAGUUUGAUUACCUGUUCAAAGUUUUGUUGAUCGGAGACUCUGGUGUUGGGAAAAGCUCCCUGUUGUUGAGUUUCACGUCCAAUACGUUUGAUGAUCUCUCUCCCACAAUCGGUGUGGAUUUUAAGGUCAAGUAUCUUACCAUUGGAGAGAAGAAACUGAAACUUGCGAUUUGGGAUACAGCUGGGCAAGAGAGAUUUAGGACACUAACAAGUUCGUAUUACAGAGGAGCUCAGGGCAUAAUAAUGGUAUAUGAUGUGACACGACGAGACACAUUCAAAAAUCUAUCAGAUAUAUGGGCUAAGGAAAUCGACCUCUACUCGACUAAUCAGGACUGCAUCAAGAUGCUUGUUGGGAAUAAAGUCGAUAAGGAGAGUGAAAGAGCUGUCUCUAAAAAGGAAGGCAUAGACUUUGCUCGGGAGUAUGGAUGUUUGUUUCUGGAGUGCAGUGCAAAGACUCGAGUCAAUGUUGAGCAAUGUUUUGAAGAGCUUGUUCUUAAGAUUUUGGAAACACCUAGUCUUACUACUGAAGGUUCGUCUGGAGGGAAAAAGAACAUAUUCAAACAAAAUCCAGCACAGACAAGCAGUACUUCAUCGAGCUACUGCUGCUCGUCUUAGACGUGACUUUACGGUUGUGACACUACUUUAAAUCUGGGAUCACUUAGUUGUCUUCAGAAAAAAGGUUCUUUUAACUUGAUCAUGCUGAAGAAAUAACUGAUGUAACUACUAGGUGGGAUCAAAAUCAGCCGAUGUUAAAAGUUAAAAUCACAUAAUACAACAAGACGUGUUUUUAAGGGUCUA